CGUGGAAGGAGGGUGGGACCAAAAAAACAAAACAAAUCAGCGUGACGUCACCCCAAACGGGGCCUUUAAAUAAGACGGCCGGGACAAGCAAACGCAUCAUUGGAGGAAAAAGGAGCACGACCCAGGGUUGCAAGAGUUCCGUUUCGUUUCUUGGAAACCUGGAAACCGGAAAAAUGGAAACCUUCAUUCCGGCGCAACAGCGCCACCCGUGGAUGCUCUGAGUACUACACGAGGUUCAAAAAAAAUCUUCUCAUUCACCUCCGUGAUAUCAUGCAAAGCUUUUGCUCGAUGACAUUGGAAAGACCUGCUUGAUUCUUGGAAGCCAGCCAAUGAAAGAUGAGCAUGAGCACCAAGAAAAAAACACGGACUUCCUUCGGGGCCACAGCACCACCAUUCAUUGACUACUUGAAAGACAUCCUGCGUCGGUACCCAGACGGUGGACAAAUUUUGAAGGAGCUGAUUCAAAAUGCAGAUGAUGCUCAAGCCACCAAUGUGACUUUUAUCCAUGAUGAGAGAAGCUACGGGACUAAAAGUCUUUGGACUGAUGGCUUGGGAAGUUUCCAAGGACCUGCUCUGUACAGCUACAACAAUGCACCAUUUACUGAGGAGGACUGGCAAGGAAUUCAGGCUGUCGGGAGGAGCAUCAAGCGCAAUGAUCCCACCACAGUCGGGAGGUUUGGGAUUGGCUUCAACUCUGUUUACCACAUAACAGAUGUUCCAAGUAUAUUCAGCUCUGGCUACCUUGGCUUCUUGGAUCCCCAAGAAAAAAUAUUUGGGGAAACACAAGGCGGUUUCCGUUGGUCGGUGGAUGACACUGAGCACCAAGAAGCUCUGAUGACUAUGGUCGAUCAGUUCCAACCCUUUCGGGACAUUGUUAUGCUCUUAAGCAGAAAAGAGUGGUCCAAAAUCAUUACUGAAGAUCAGCACUUUGAUGGGACAAUUUUCAGAUUCCCUUUGCGUGCCGAGGCGUCUGAAAUUUCUGAUAAUUUGUACAAUGAAGAAAAGGUUGUGAAGCUUUUUGAUAGCUUCAUUGCAGAUGCAGAUUUGAGUCUGCUGUUUUUGAAAAACGUGACCACUGUGACCUUGAUGCACAUUGAUGUCCAUGGCUCUGUGAGCACAAGACUUGAAGUCAAGUCCUCGGCCUCCACAGAUGUCGUUUUGGAACCCCAAGACGAAACCGUAAUCGAAGGUUCGACCAGACUCAAAGUGAUAACCAUGAAUUCCAAAGAAACCAAGUGGCUCGUGACAACGUGUACCAUGAAGGAAGGAAAUAUAGAGGAACUGGAUAUCCUCACACAAAAGUUGAGCUUUGUUCCACGAGUUGACUUGGCAUUCCCUUGCGGAGAGACGGGGGCCGUCAGCGGGGGCCGACUGAGCUGCUUUCUCCCGCUGCCGAACAACGAAAGCAACAAGACAGGACUGCCAGUCCAUGUCAAUGCCUGCUUUGGCCUCACAGAUAACAGGCGACACAUCAAGUGGCAAGAGGAAGAUCAGAUACAUGACGAACAAGCCGUGUGGAACGAAUUGCUGAUGAAGGCAGUGCUGCCACAAGCGUACCGACUGAUCAUUCGAGACGCCGUCAGACACGCUCAAGAGGCUUUUCUCCCCGUCUCCUCAGUUUAUGAUCUGUUGCCGGAUCUCGCCAAGAUUCAACACAAGGACAAAUGGUACGCCAUCGCCGUAGAUGUCCUUCAUCAGUUGUUCCAAGAAAAUGUGGCUGUGCUCUCCCACGCCAGAGAUGAAAGAAGAUUCAUCAGUCCGUUGGAAGCUGUGCUCCCUUGCACUGGCCCAGUUAGGCCUGACAUACUGGCUGCCAUUCGAAGAACUUUGCUUUGCUGUGGGGAGAAUCUUGUAACUUGUCCGAGCAAUGUUGCAAGAGCCAUAGAAACGGUUCACCCGCAGGCCAGCGGCCUAAAAUAUGCGACUCCAGCGUUCCUCAGGGAUGUCCUGCAUAGUGUUGACAUGCGUUACAUGUCCAGAGAUGACAAACUCUGUCUUUUGGAGUUUAUUCUGAGUGAUGGAAAAUACCAGGAUCUCCGGGGUCUUGAGCUUCUCCCACUCAACGAUGGCUCUUUUAGAGCUUUCACAGACAAAGAGGAGGACACUGCCUUGAUUGACAGCAAGGAAUUUCCAAGAGUCUUGCUACCAUUUUGCAAACACCUCUUCAUCCCGGAUGACUUAAGCCCAGACUGCACUGCCCAUUUGAAACAACUGGCUCUUCAAAGAUUAUUCAAGAUAAUCGUUAUUGAUGCAGAUCAGGUGGCACAGUAUAUCAGGAGGUAUUUGCCUGAGGACUGGAAGCUGUUGAACACAGAGCUCGUUAGCUGGUUCAUCAACAAAAGUUUGCAUCCACCAAUAGACUGGCUCCAAGAAUUUUGGAAGUUCCUCAACACUCACUUUACAAUGUUAAACCGUUUCAUUGACAUUCCAUUGAUACCAGUGGGUCCCCUCGCUUCCAAUCACUCUGUAUUACUUGCUAAAAUGAAUCCAAACACAACUCUUGUUUUCCACCAAAGGAGGCAGAUUAGUUUGCCAGAUCAAAUAGCUAAGUUGGUGACAAAAGUCGGUGGUACAGUGGUGAGGGGAAAUGAAUGGCUUAAGCAUGACGACCUUGAUUCUUAUGUGCUGUGUCCAUCUCCAAGAAGUAUUGUGACUAUCUUGAUGAACAUCGAGUAUCAGCAUCUCGUCAAAGAACUCGAGACUACGUGUCCCAGCACUCGAGAAGAACUGAAGGAGUAUCUCUCUUGCCUGGAUUCUCUCUCAAACAGCGAGAGGGAUCUCCUCUCAAAGAUGCCCCUGUUUCAAAAUACACAAGGUGUGCCUCUCCCUGCACAUUCGAAAAAGGCUUUGCUUAUAGGUUGCGGUCCAAAAGUACCAAUGGACCUUCCAAUGCCCGACUCAAUAGUGCAAUGUAUUACAGAGGCUGAUCGCAGACUAUUGCAAUUGCUCAACAUUAAUCUUUUGGACACAGCUCAAGCAGCUCAUCUUCUGAUUGAUAACAUUGAAGGCAAAACCUACAACAAAGAGGACAUUGAAAAGAUCAUGACUUGGAUUUUACAGAAUGGCAGUAUCCUUUUCUCCCAAAAUAAGAAUUUAAAACACCGCUGUCAAGAAUUAAGCUUCAUGGAAGCAAAUGGAGUGCUGAAAAAGACCUCACACUUCCUCGAUCCAAGAGUUAAAAUUUUCAAAGUCAUUUUCGACACUAGUUUCUUCCCCCCCCCUUCUCCAUAUUUGCAAACAGUGCAGAUGAUUGAAACCCUAACAGAUCUUGGUAUGCUAAACAGCGAAGCGGAUGUGUUUCCUGAGCAAUUGCUGCACGCUGCCGCAGUGAUCGAUGGGCUGAAUAUGAACUCACAGACUUUCACAAGAGCUCAGGCGCUCUUAAACAUGCUCGAUGGUCACAGUCUCCUGCCUAAGUUUUCUGAUGCACAGCUUCACAGCCUCAAAAUGCUGAAAUGGGUUCCGUGUGCUAACCCCGGCAAUAAUACAGACCAGAUUUCCCUCUUCUGCCCUCAUGAGAUAAGACACUCUCAGUAUGAGGACAUUGUUGGGCAUGUAAUGCCUCUAAUGGGAAGCCUGAGUGACAGAGUUAGCAACAAACUUGGUCUCAAAUGUCUGCCCCCACCAGAGAAAGUGAGAGACAAUUUGUUUGUCUUGAUCGCUAACACAGACAAAAUGGAUGAUCCUGACACAAACGGAGAUUUCAAAAGGAGGUUGCAUAGUAUUUACAAAUACAUGCAAGAUCAAAUUUCUGACUUUGCAACGUUAAUGGAUAGUAACGUAUGUUGGCUGUGGUGCGGUGACCAGUUUUUUCCGCCUCGGGAUUUGGUUCAAGACUACCCACAAAAUAUAGAUCUGAGCUUGUGGGUGAGGAAAUUACCAAAGGAAUUCUUACCAUACAAGAAGCUCCUGAAAGAGUUUGGUUUGAGAUUGUUGCUUUCAGAGCAUGAUAUUGUUGACAUUCUCCACUCAAUCAUGAAAACCAUUGAAGAAAGACAACCGCCAACUGCAAGCCUCUCUGAGAUAAAAGUCUCAGUAGAAAUUGUCAAAUGGAUAUGGAAGAAGAAGAAGACGGUUCAGGAGGACAUACCAGUGCCAGUCAUCACACAUGGGGGUCAAUAUACCCUUAAAUCACUGUCCACAGCGGUUUUCUGUGAUUUGAGCAAAAAGAGUUUGGAGGGGCUUCAAUACAGCAAGGAGCAAUUGCAUAUCCUACAUGAGGAGAUUCCAAAAGCCGCUGCUGAAUGGUUAAAUGUCCAGUUCCUGAGCAUGCACAUCCUCCAUCCUGAGCUUGUGGGGAUUGAGCAAUGUGGACAAUCUGAGCCCAUAACAAUGAGGAUUAAAAACAUUCUUAAAGAGUAUGAUGAAGAAAGGGAUGUCUUCAAAGAGCUCAUUCAAAAUGCAGAAGAUGCUGGAGCAGACGCUUGUAAAUUCUUGGUGGAUUUCAGAGUACACAGGAAUACCCCUGAAAAUCUCAUAGAUCCUGGCAUGGCCCUUUGUCAGGGACCUUGCCUUUGGGCAUUCAAUAAUGAAAAGUUCACAUCUGAUGAUUGGGAUAAUAUUCUGAGAGUGGGAUCUGCCUCAAAAGAACACAAGGUGGGAACAAUUGGCAAGUUUGGACUUGGAUUCAACACUGUGUAUCAUAUCACAGACGUUCCUUCAGUCCUAAGUGGAAACAGACUCCUCAUACUUGAUCCAAAUGUGACUCACCUUAAAAAGAUCAUCAGAAACAAGUCAAAUCCUGGAAUCAAGUUGGACCUCUCACAAAAGCAACUAUUUCAUUGUUUCCCUGGUCAAUUUGGACCAUAUGAAAACAUUUUUAAUUGCAGUUUCACCACACAAAGUCCUCCAGACCCUUACCAGGGUACACUGAUCAAACUUCCUUUCCGAACCGAGGAAGAGGCUCUCGAGUCAGGGAUAAGCACCAAAGUAUAUGACAAACACAAUAUUGUCUCUUUUCAGCAAGAGUUUACAAAUGAUUCUCAAACGCAUAUCCUAUUCCUGAAGAACAUUAAAACAUUGUCUUUGCAAAAUAUCUCAAACGAUGCAGCAACUCCUCCAAGAGAUGAAGAAAUACAAACAGUCCUCACUGUCACCAAAACUACCUUGAGUACAAUCAGAAUUGCAGACAUUUAUCAGUCAAAGCAGAUUCAAGCUGAAAAGUUAUUGCUUAAACAUGGUGAGAAUUGCAAAGAAGUUAUUGGCUGCUGUACCGCCAACAUUGUCCAAAUAAGCAGUGAACAAUCUGGUAGAAGACAAAGUCAGUCUUGGCUUGUGCACAACUGCUUCGGGACAAAUCGGUCUUUAGAAAUGGCCCUGCAAGACAACAAGCAAGCCAAGUUCUUCUUACCGAUUGGGGGAAUAGCUGUGCCUUUGCGAGAAGAUCCAGAAAGUGGAAACUUUACCACACCAGAAACCAAGCUAACUGGCCAGGCGUUUUGCUUCCUCCCACUUGCCAUUCACACUGGUCUCCCAGUCAAUGUCAAUGGAACAUUUGCUGUAACAAGCAAUCGUAAAGGUCUGUGGGAGAGUGGUGUGAAACAUGACUGGAACAAUGCUCUUCUUCAGGAUCCCAUAGUGACAGCAUAUGUUACAACACUUUUGGUAUUAAAGGACAUGUCGGAAAACGGCCAACUGAAAAGUUAUUCUUAUCACACCUUUUGGCCUGACAGGGAAAAUGUUAGUGACACGUUCAAACCAUUGGUUGAUCAGUUUUACGCCAUCAUCACCCAGCACCGCGUUGCCCCAGAUGUCUUCUGUGAUGGCAAAAAGUGGUGUUCAUUGAACAGUGCCAUAUUUUUACACGAGAGCAUGGAAGAAGAUGAAAAGAUCCAUACACUUGUAAUGCAGGUCUGUCAGAAACAUGUCAAAGAACCAAACCAUGUUGUUCCUCUUCCACGCUGGUUGAGAAGUAACUUCACACAGGGUGGCUUUGAAAAGGUUUUACAGGAGAAAACAUGGAAUUGGGAGAGGUUUUAUCAAUAUUUGGUGUUUGAGAACCUUGCCACCUUGGACACGAAGAGUAGAGACACUCUUUUGUUACAUGCCAUUGACCUUAAUUCCAAGGAAAUUGACCAUCUAUUGGUCAGGUAUCCGUGCAUCCCCACGAUGGAUGGACACCUCCAGUAUAUCAAGAAACUUGUGAAUCCAUCAGGCAAACUGGCCUGUCUAUUUGAAGACGAGAAUGGGAGAUUGCUUGGAGGUACCGAGAAUGACUUUUGCUCCUCGAAGAGGAUUCAACGUCUGCUGGAGCUUGGAAUGGCAGAUGACCAUCUUGCACUGGAGGCUAUCGUUGAGAAAGCAGAAACAAUCAAAACUUUUUGGAAGACUGACAAAAAUAAAGCAUAUGUGUAUUUGAAGUGCCUUCUUGAACUCAUGAAAGAUCACAUGUAUGACAAAGACUCCUCCCACUGGGAAACAUUAAGAAUGAUCCCAUUUCUCCCAGCAUUUCGCUUCUGUGGUAAAAAAUUAGUCCUGAGCAGGCCAGCUGACAUUUUCAGUGAGGACUAUUCUCUGCUUGUUGACAAGACACAAAGUGUCCUGGAUCAUUCUGGCCUGAACAUACACGCUAGUGAUCCUAUCCUAAAAAUACUAGGGAUUUGUGACAGGCCAGUACCAGACAUCGUACUCCAGCAGCUGCAAAAAGCAGAGGAGGAAUCGCAAUCCACAGACAAAUCUAAGCUUCUCAGGAUGGCUUAUGAAUGCUACAGAUUUCUGGAUAGCUGCAUCUGUGACUCAAAGAUGUCUGAAUUCAUUUCUCAGAGGGCUAAUUCAUUCCCAUUCAUUUUUGACGGCAAUAAAUUUGUCAACGUGAGCCGUGUCGCUGUUGAAGGGCAAUAUGAAGCAAAGCCCUACCUCCAUGUACUUCCACCUGGCUUUGCUAGUUUCCAGAAACUCUGGAAGAGUGUCGGUGUUGAAGACUCAUUCACUUUGGACCAGUUUGUUACUGUGCUUCAGGAAGUCCACUUGAAACAUGGAAACAAACCCUUGCCAAAGGACGAUCUCGAAAUUUGUCUCUCAAUUUUAAACAGAGGCAUAUACUGUGCCAAUGAGAAGACCACAAGCGUCUGUCUCAUACCCAAUAAACAAGGGGUUUUGGUACCUGCCUCCCAGGUAUUUUUUGAUGACAGCCCAUGGAUGCCAGUUACUGCGGAUGUUAUGCUCUGCCACAAGGAUAUCCCACGUUCUAUGGCACUUCAUUUUGGAAUCAAAACGACCAGACAUCAUACUCUAAACCAUGCAGUUGAGAACCUCUUACCAAAUUCUUUCAAGUUUGAACAGAAGGAGGACCUAACUGUUAGGAUUAAAAACAUAAUUUAUGCCUAUCCGUCAAAGAAGGAUAUCCUCAAAGAGCUCAUCCAAAAUGCUGAUGAUGCAGAGGCAACAGAAAUUCACUUUGUUUGGGAUAGACGACAGCAUGGCACAGAAAAAACCUUUGGAGAGAACUGGAACAGGCUACAGGGCCCAGCACUCUGUGUCUUCAACAACAGUGUGUUUUCAGAUGCAGACCUGGCUGGCAUUCAGCAGCUGGGAACUGGGGGAAAGCGCCAUAGUCCAGACAAGAUCGGAAAAUAUGGACUUGGAUUCACUUCGGUUUUCCAUUUGACUGACUGCCCCUCAAUCCUCACUGGAGAUUACUUACUAUGCAUUUCAGAUCCCAAUCAAAAUUACAUUGAAACUGAGCAUGAAGGUGCGGGCAUUGGCUAUAAGCUAAAUGAGAUUUUAAAGGAGAUGUUUGAAGAUGUUUACAAAUCCUAUCUUCCAGACAAAUUCCCCCUGAAAGACGGAACUAUGAUUAGAUUGCCUUUAAGAACUCUUACCAUGGCAGAGACUUCAAAAAUAUCACAGUGGAAAGUCUCUGAGCAUGACUUGAAAGACCUGUUUGCUGCCCUAUCCGAGGACCCCGAAGGGCUCAUUCUGUUUCUGAAGAAUAUCUGCAAAAUUGAGGUCCAUGAAAUCAAUAAUCAGUCAGAUGAAAUCACAACAAUCUUAGCAGUUGAAAAGAAAACAUCACAAACAAAAGAAGAAAAAGAGGCUUGUGUGCGGUAUCUUCAAAAUGAUGUUCCAGCUGAAGACUCAGUCCCACGUAAGGCAAUUUAUGGAACAAUGAUUUCAACCUCAGAAAAGAGGCAAAGUAAAUGGAUCAUUGCAGAGCAGUUUUCCACAUUCCAGUCCAAUGAUGGAGAAGGAAAACAUCCACAAGCAACUGUAGCAGCAUACGUGAGCUCAAAAAGACCACCCGGCUGCAGUGUUUUCAAAGGAGGAGUCUUUUGUUUGCUUCCUUUACCGGGCACAACUGGUCUACCUGUGCAUAUCAAUGGAAACUUUGAGGUUGACUCUGCCAGGAGAGGCCUUUGGAAAGAAGAUGGUCAGAGUCUGAAAGCAAACUGGAAUGAAUUUUUGAAAAACAACGUCAUUGCGCCACUGUAUGGAGAUCUUCUUCAUUACAUCAGCCAAACCACUUCAGUGAAGACAGUCAGUCCUGCAAAAAUGGAGUCAUGUUUUACUGAAUCAUACUUGUGUUUCUGGCCAACAGUGUCUGAAGAUGUUGGUCAGGAAUGGCAUGAAAUGGUACAUGAGGUGUACAGAUCCAUUAGCAAAAGAGGCCUUGACGUUAUUCCAGUGCUGAGGCGCACGACACGUGUAACUACUAAACAGCCAUUAACUACUACCACUGAGUACUUUAUUGACUGGCGGGAUGCAAGAGAAACCACACCAACGACCGCACCUUACAUGGAAUCAUUCGGACAGUCACAUUUAAAUCACAUUUUGAGGGACCUUGGCAUGGAUCUGGUUCCCUUCACCAGUGAAAUGAAGAGGAUAUGGGAUGGUUUCAGAACUGCUGGCAUUGCUGUAAAAGAUGUAAAUCCUUCAAGUGUGCGAGAAUUCUUGAGCGCGAAGGCUGUCCAUAAUCCAAAGCGAACAACCAAUGCGUUACCACUACCUGUAUCUGACACACUAAUCGAAAACCCAGUUAGAUGCUCAAACCUUCUUAAUUUCUGCCUAAGUGAUAUCUGCCACAAAGAGAUCACAGGUGAUGAUUCUGCUCUACUCAACGGGCUUCCUCUUCUUCUCACAGCAGAUGAGGUUUUGAGGGUGUUUGACAACAAAUCCCCUAAGCUGAUAUGCAAGUACAGCAAUCUGUUCUCUGGCUAUGAGCACAAUUUUGUACAUUAUCAGACAAACCAUAGGCAGCUGAAGGUGCUAAAAGCCCUGAGCCUCGUCAGCAACUUGACAAUUCCUGGCGCUUACGACUGGUUGAAGCGCUUGAUCCAGCAGAAUGUGGACAAAUGUGAACUUGAGCCGCAGCAUGGUCUUACUGUUCCAAAUAAGGAAAUGCUAGCCUGGCUGACAUUGCUAUGGAGGUUUCUAUUAAGCAAUAUAAAAACCAAAAAGCCUAGUGGUGAUAAACAUUACACAUUAACUGAUGUGAAAGACCUAUUCAGUGAUUUCUGCAUUUUACCUGUCGUGUCCCCAAGGUCAAACAAGCACCUCCUUCAAAAAAUGGAAGGCAUGCCCAGCGUGAUUCGUUACAAAUUAGACAAAGAUAUAUCAGGAAUUUUGUUCAAACUCGGUUUCAUGAGUCUUGACUUUGCUUUUUUCAUAGCGCUUGACGAUCACAUAUUUUCACUUCUAGAACCCGAAUGUAUGAAUCUGAAUGACAAAAGUUCUGUGCUGGACCAAGUCGUCGUCAUAAACCACUCAGAAUUUUCCCAGCUUUCUUCUGAUGACAUGACAGAACUUCAAAACUUCCUGCAAUCUGGAGAGUCCAAAAACUGUCCGGAAUAUCAGAGGAAGCUCCGGUCGCUGCCUCUAUUUGAAACAAUACACUGCAAAAGAGUGAGGAUUGAUGGCCAUGAAUUGGUUUACAUCCUUGACAUGUGCACACAGUCAUUAAAUCAAUUCUCAGACUUGUUGAAGCCUCCCGAGAGCAACAACAUUUUUCUCAAAAACAAUCCUGAGAACAUCAGCGUGUCUCAAACUUUGAACAUCCAGACCUUGAAUGAUCUGCAAUAUUUCAUGAAGAUAAUACUGCCUGUCGUCCAUAAACUCAGAAAGCGUCAGAAGAUUCAGUGCCUCAAACUGUUACUAUCACUGCAAAAUUCCGACAGUUAUUUUAAGCAUAAAUCCAGCAUAAUCUCCAAACUGAAGACUGUGCCAAUGAUCGGCAAUGCUGAGGGCCAAGUGAUGCCAAUCCCGUACUACUGUGAUGACAGAGUUGCCUUGUAUCAGGCAAUGUUGCCCCGAGAAAGAUUUGUGCCUGAGAGUGUUUGGACUGAGCUGUGUGAAGGAAAUCAAUACAAAGAACAACCGGCACGGGAGUUACUCCAGGAACUUGGAAUGAAGCAUGUUGUGUCCAAAGGCGAUAUCAUAUGCUUUGCAGAACAGUUAGAGUCUGAAGCUGGAGCAAAGGGUCACUCUCAGGAGCUGAAACAGAAAUCCACCUUAGUUUUCCAAGAAGCCUUGAGUGUUGCAAGAGAUGAGGAAACACUGCUGGAGAGCAUCGCCAACAUCAAGUUCAUUUUUCCUGUUAAAGUACAAAAGAAACUGUGCGAUUAUCAUUUACCAUUUGCGCCAGAGACCACUUCUGUCCAAAUCAGCGGCUCUUUAAUUGACAGCCAUUACACUCACAAUCAAGAAUUGAUUUGGUCUUCAAUGCCGAUCAUAGAUCUGCCAGUAAAGACAGAGGUGGUUCUGAAAAGGAUUACACAAGUGGGAGCUCAUGAACGACCGCCUGCGGGGUGCGUAGUCAGAAACAUGUUUAAUGUUUGCCAGUCACCUUGUGAAACGGUCGUUCAGAUUGAAACCCGCGCCGCAGUCUUUCGAAGUUCUUAUGCCUACUUGCAAGCAAACGAUUUUGACAGCCGAUCACUGAAUGGUCUCCCACUCGUGCUGGUUGAAAGUGACAAAAAAGUAGUGAGAACCGGCAUUGUUGCUCAUUCACUCCCCCACGGCUCUGACUUUAGGCCAUAUUUGUACAGAAUUCCAACACACGAUACUGUGUAUUGGCCAUUCUUCAGGAAGGUUGGUGUGAAGGAGGAACCAUCUGCACUGCAGUACUGUUAUGUUCUGGGAAAAGUCAACGCUGAAUCCAGUGCUAAAACCAGACUAAACCAAAAUCAAAAAAAAUCAGUUGAACGCGCUGUGCAGCAGUUGUUACUGUUAUUAAAAAAUAAGUCGAACCAGUCUCUUUUGGACAGUGUAAAGACUCUGUACCUGCCUGCUGUAGAUGGAAAACUCCACCCAUCAUGUACACUGUACUUCAACAACACAGCGUUUGAGCCCCAACGGUUGGAAAAAUCACUGGAGGAAGAGUUCCUCCUGCUUGAGAAACUCAGUACAUGUUAUCUGGGCACCGACAUCUAUGAGCAUUGUCGACUGCUGCAAAUGCUACCCCAGAAACUUCGACCUAAAAUGCUAUCGCAGGUCACCAAAGAGAAAGUCAUAGAGUCGCAAAUGCAACUUUGUGAGAUUAGACUGACCUGUGAGUUUCGUGGCUGGUUUUACAAACAUCUGUCCUCAGGCGCCUUCACACAUGGAAUGAUAUGUCUUAUAAAAGAGCAGUCAGAAGGUAAAAUAACUCAAGAGGAGGCUGCGGACAUGUGUAAGAAAAUAUUUGGCAGCAUAGAGAUUGUGUGUUGUACAAGCCUGAUGACGGAGCUGUGGCUAGAAGACCGAGUGCUGAAGAACACAGCCUGCGAGACCGACCUUUUUGUCCAACAAGAUCAAAGCGGUAGCAUUUUUUACCUGAGACACAAUGACGACAUGCUCCCCAAGGUCAUAAAUGACGUAAACAUGACUUUGACAAGGGUGAUCAGCUCUCUUUUAGGUGGUAGAAUUUUGUCAGAGCACCUCCUUGUCCUCGGACAGCUCCUCAUGUGUGACAACCUGCAAGACGUUCGUAAGACUCUGGCCAAGAAUGGGAUCCACGACAGUGUUGAUGUACAAAGUUUUCUCGCCAGCACACAGGCCUUGAAAGGAGAGAUUCCGGAGGAGUGGCACGAUUCCUUAGAUAUGAAUGUCCUCAACAAUUUUGAAGAGGGAGAAUAUGUAGGGUACUACACUAACGACAAGUACAUUUAUGCAGUCAUUGUGGAGGAACUACCUGGACAACCGGGACCUUACUCCCAGAGAUACAAAAUAAGAAUUGGUGACGAUGAGCCCAUUGUAGUCAGUAUUGUAGACCUGUAUCAGUUUAAAUGUGAAAACAAUCAACAAUGCGAGUCUGACGCACUGCAAGCCACUGGCAUGGCUUUACAAGAAGUGACAUUCCAACACUCUUCAUCUUCCCCAUCGGUAAGAACUUUACCGGCAACUUAUGAAGACGCGGUGGAGGAAAUUGACCAAAGCUUGGCAGCGAUCUGGACUCUUCCACAGGAGGAGAGGAUGAAACCCAGCAAGCGACUGUACCUCAAAUGGCACCAUGACAAAAACCCUCAGUGCCACUAUGUUAUAAAGGCAGUCAAAUACAUGAAAAGCAGAACUUUGGAUUCAUUUGGACACUUUUACCAGCAAUGGGAUGAGGAGGCUUUGCACCACAGAAAUGGCAGAGAACGAUUUGUCCAUCGAUACCAUUUCUACAACUUUUGGGGCCAUCAUGAAGAUGUGGCAAGGCCAAACAAGGGGGAGGCCCAGCGCUGGUGUCGGCAGGCCCGCUGUGAUCUCAAUGCGGCGCACCACGAACGUGGUGGGGGGAGCGCAGAGUGGUGUCUGUUCAAACUCCACCAGGCAGUGGAAAAGUCCCUCAUAGCUGUUGAGUACAAAACAAAUGGCCAAUGUUUCGGCGGCACAAUUUCAGACAUGGCUGACAAAGUCUCACGCUAUAGCCCCCUGCUGGGAGACCUGCCUCUGAGCGUGGCCCAGCUGCAGGACUUGGGUGUGCAUGCUAAAAAGACCCAAUAUCCCAACCACCAUCCUUUCCCCCGCAUCCCAAAUGAAAGGUUCCAUUCGGCCAAUUUGGGUGCAGCAUUGGACACAGCAACUAAGCUUCUUACUGCAGCAGAGACAUAUGUGAAAUAACGCUCUGCAAUUAACAUAACCAUAUACUGUACAUCUUUAAGACCUGUUUACGCUUUUGAAUUCAGUGAACCAAUCCUAUUACUGUUAACCUGUGAGUUUGAUUGCAAUUCUUUAAGCCUGGGACCGGAAUCAGACACAGCUAUGUUUGUAUGACGACAGUAAUGCUAUGUCAUGUUGCCAUCUUUAAUGACUCUUUUCAAACAUCACUUUGAUGUUCUAGAGUUGUAUGCAUUUUGAUCUAGAUUAAAUAUAGAGUAGAUAGAUAUGUGAAUUGAAUUGAGAGCCUGGAUGGAGUUCCUGUAAUUAUUUCCUCCUACAAUGUAUGGACAAAUGUGUUCUGGUGUUUGUUUGCUAAACCCAAAUCCACAAUUUAUUAAGACCCUAUCAAAAUUGCUUCAUUUGAUUGGCUAAAAUUCACAGUGGAUAUUCAAGUCUACACACCCCCGUUUUUGUGACAAGAAAAUCUGACUAAUACUCAUUUUAAAACCUUGUCCACUAUUCAUGUUGCAUAUAAGCUGUAACCCUCAAAGGGGGAAAAAAAUAUAUGUUUUGGGAGCGGGGAAGUGAAAAUAACCAACUGAGGUAAUGUUGUUGCAGUCUGUAUUCAAACCUAAGCAAACAUAUUACAACUAAUGUUAAACGGUACAAAUCAUAUACCUGCCACCAUUUAAAGUGCCUCUGAUAAACCCCAAAUAAAAUUAAGCUGUUCUUGUAGGCUUUUCCUGACAUUUUCCUUUCGAGCAGAAGCCUGAAGAUUUUGUGCCAACACUGAUUGCUAUUUGGAACUGUUCCCAAUUCCGCCCACGAAGGCCCGAGUUCCAGCUGAAGAAACACAAAAAGAAUGGUGUUGCCACCACAAUGCUUCCAACUGUCGGAUGGUGUUAUUUUCGUGAUGAGCAGUCUGUUUUCACCAAACACGCCUUUAGGAAUUAUGGCCAAAAUGGUGAUUGGUUUAAACAUUUUUGUAUGGUAAAGUGUUCACACUUCCUGUGGGAAAAUGGUACAAUGCGAUUAAACAUGCCCUGUUGUGUAUCCAA